CGUCCCUGGCGUCUGGACCGUACUCAGUGUUGGCCAGCUCGACGCAGUCUACUGAAAGGAAGUUAAGAUGUAAAGCUUCCUCGUAUUACAAGACCUCUGUGGAGGAGGUCGCAAGAGGGCGUGGCGUUCUGCACCUCUUGCUUGACGUGGCGUGGAGGAAGCCAACUUCAGCAGCAGCAGCAGCAGCUGGGGUUGCCUCUAAGGACCACCAUGACCACCUGCACCAUCCUCCUAGUUCUGCUCCUGGCCGCUGUGGGUCCCCUGAGUGCCGCAGAGACCAAGUGUGAAGGGAAGGACUUUAACUGUGGGGACAAGUGCAUUCCUCCACAGUUUGUGUGUGAUGGCUUCUUUGACUGUGGCAACGGGAGGGAUGAGGUGAACUGCAAGGAGAAAUCCCCUGCCAAGCCUCCCCCACCUGGUGACCUCCCACCUGGUGCCGACGCCCCCACAUUUCCCCUGGAGUUCGGUCGCUAGACACCCAGAUGCCGUGGGAGAGCUGUGGGAGGGCCGUUGGAGGGCUGUGGGAGGGCUAUUGGAGGCCCGUGGGAGGGGGUGGAGAUCAGUGGGGGAUAACAGACUACCUUAAAACAGUAGGGACUGAAGGCUAAAUAUAUCUGUUGAGGCGAAUUCUGUUUGAAGAACUUCCAUGGCAGCCGCCACCGCGGCCAGCGUGUGUAGUACAUCUAUCCAGUUCAUACAUACAUUUGCAAUUUAACAUACGAGUGAAAAUCAAAACUUCCUGUGGCUACCUCAAAGGGAAUGUGGUAGGUUCAGGGAUGUCGAUGGUCUGAUGACCUGUGCAAUAUUGAGGUCUCCAGUCGCUGUUGCAGGCUGGAGAAGUUGAUGAUAACAUACCGAUUUACAUGUCAUGAAUGAUUCUUCGUUUGUAAGGAGACAACUCUCUCAGUGCUAUAAAUCGUUAGUUAGAAUUAACUAGGAGAAUCUAGAAGAUAAUAUAGAGGAUAGAAAUAAAUUAACUCUUAGAUAACGACUUGUGUCACAGGCGUAUCCAAGUGGAUGCUGUAUCUUGAAGUAACGUUGAAUCAGCGUUAAUAACGACGAUUCAAUGUUGAAUUAACUUUGAUAUUGUGGCCGCUGGCAUGUUGAUUUAGUCGGGGUAAAUCCGAAUUUGUUUGUACUACGUUUUUCUCUGUAGAAAUAUAAGUUAAUAGGGUUUUGCGUAAAAAUCCCCAUUAACAAGAUUCUGACAUCACUGGCUACGGUUUCCUAAUAUAACUAUAUAAUAUACUUGUUUUUUAUACAUAAACUGAUUAUAAAAUAUUUGGACCAUUUGGCACCUUCUCGCCCAAAAAUAUUUAUAAAAAAUAUUAAGUUUCUGAUAAUA